UAUCGGUACAAGAAUGCCCUGAAAAGGAAUGUUCUUUUGUGCCAAUGGACAGUGAAAUUCAAUAUCCUUUUAAAUCGUAACUUGCCACUGGAACCUGCAAUGACCCUUCUAAAGGAAGACUGCGAAAGGGCUAGAGGUUGGAGCCAAUAACACAACAACACCACAUUCAGCUCGAACGGCCAUCCACUUCGUGCCUGGACAAAUGCAUGUACAUGUACUUGUGGGAACUUGAUUAGUAGUCUAUAGGAACAGUUGAGGGACAAGAUGGACGACGAACAAGUACAACUUCGCAGCAGCGGUGACAAUAAUAUUAAUAAUAAUGACGAUGGCCGCCGCCGCCGCCGUCGCAAAAAGGGCGCCAUGAAAUUCGGAGACGAAGACUUCACUCUGUCCAGUAUCAAUGACUACGACGAAGCGGAAUGGGGCGAAGUCUGCGGUGCCUGUUGUCGCCACACACCCGAUGAGAUUGGCAAGAUUCUAUUGGGAAUUCUGGGUUUGUGUUUCUUUCAGUACUUUUUCUUCUUCUCGUUGGAUUUGCUGGGAACCGGUGCUAAAGUGCUGAGUGGCUGCCGUGGUGGUCUCUUGUUUGGAUCGCACAUUAAUCCCGUCUCGGCCGUCAUGGUCGCUGCCUUGGCCACUUCCUUGAUGCAGUCGUCGUCCACCACGACUUCCAUUGUGGUGGCGCUCGUCAGUGACGGAGUCAUUACUGUCGAAACGGGAGUCUAUCUCGUCAUGGGAGCCAAUAUUGGGACCACCAUUACCAACGACAUGGUCUCGUUGGCACAAUUCGCCAAUGUCGAAGAAAUGGAACGCGCGUUUGCGUCGGCGUGUCUCCACGAUCUAUUCAACUGGAUGACCGUCGCCAUUCUACUCCCAUUUGAAGUACUCACGGGGUACUUGGAGCAUGUCACCAAACUCAUUGUCGACGGAGCCGAAACCAAAAAAGGAGAAGACUGGGAUGGACCCAUGGAAAAAUGGGUCAAACCGCUGACCCGAAAACUCAUCAUUUCCAACAAAAAAGCAAUCAUUCUCGUGGCAGAAGGAUCUUCUUGCGACAAUCCCGACUGGUAUCCCACACGCUGUAUCGAUGGACUUCCCGAGAGUAAGGCUACCUGUCAUACAGGAUUUGUUACCUGCGACAAGGCCACGGGAAAUUGUCCCGCAUGGUUCCGACAAGGAGCGACACUCGUCGAUGAUAAAGUGGCUGGGGGAGUAUCCGUCGUCAUGGCAUUGAUUCUAUGCUAUAUUUGCAUAUUGGGAUUAAUGUGGAUUGCACAGUGGCUGCUCAAGGGAUUGACCACCCGGGUUGUCUACAAAGUCGUCAAUAUGAAUGGAUACAUCGGAAUUGCCGUCGGAGCUGGUCUCACCAUGCUCUUACAAUCAUCCUCACUCACCACGGCUGUAUUGACUCCGUGGGUCGGAAUUGGAGUCAUUCGAAUCGAACAAGUUUAUCCACUCAUUCUCGGCGCCAAUGUAGGAACCACACUAUCCUCCAUUUUAUCCGCAUUGGUGGCGUCGGGAUUGGAUCCAUUGCAAGUGGCACUCGCCCACUUGUUCUUUAACAUCACCGGAGUGCUCAUUUGGUAUCCCAUUCCGCAUUUGAGACGCAUACCCAUUUUCCUCGGACGCCGCAUGGGAAAAGGAGUGCGAGUCUUUCGACUCUUUGCACCCCUCUACAUUGUCUUUUUCUUUUUCAUCUUCCCAGUCAUUACCAUUGCCAUUUCGCAACUAUUUGAAGAAGGCAAGACGGCGGGUGGGGCCGUUACUGUGACAAUCCUCUCUCUAUUUGUAAUUGGCAUGACCUAUUGGUGCUAUUGUCGAGGUGGGGCACACCGGACGGCCGAUUGGAUUCAAUCUAUCAAAUUCCCGUCAAGGAGAUCUGCUGCGCCGGCAUCGUUUUCCACCGAAGCUGAUGAGGGUGGUGGUGUUGAGCAUUUCGGUGAUGAGGAUCCAGAGCGGGCGAAACUAUCCGAUUCUCAGGAAGAAAUCGAGCAGUAAAUGGUGUCAAACCGAAAAAUGGGAAUAGAAACAAAGACUUUGGUGUUACGGUACAUUAGUGGUUCAGGCAGUCCGAGAGGUUGUUCUAGCCUAGAUGCAUAUUAUGACAUACAUGUAAAUACAUAAACAAACGAAGAACAGAGGAGUC